UAAUGGGAAGUGGAAAACCUAGAGGUAUUAGAGCUGGUAGAAAGCUAUCAAGACAUAGAAAAGAUUAAAGAUGGGCAGAUAAUGAUUACAAUAAAAGAUUAUUAGGUUCAAGAUGGAAAAAUCCUUUUAUGGGAGCAUCUCAUGCCAAAGGAUUAGUAACAGAAAAAAUUGGUAUUGAAUCUAAAUAACCUAACUCUGCUGUCAGAAAGUGCGUAAGAGUUUUACUUAGAAAAAAUUCUAAAAAAAUUGCUGCAUUUGUUCCUUGGGAUGGUUGCCUUAACUUUUUGGCUGAAAAUGAUGAAGUUCUUGUUGCCGGACUUGGUAGAUAAGGUCAUGCUGUGGGUGAUAUUCCGGGUGUUAGAUUUAAAGUUGUUUCAGUCAAAGGUAUUUCUCUCAUAUCUUUAUUCAGAGGUAAGAAAUAAAAAUGAAAAGUGUAUCUUUUAACAAAAAAAAAAAAAUUUAAUAUAUUUAGAUAAAUAUAUUAUUAUUUUUAUUAUAUAUACUUUUAUAUUUUUUUUAACUUUUUUAUAAGUUUUUAUUUAAAUGUAAUUAAUAAUAUUUAUUAUUAUUU